AUGAAGCCGGUGGCGUCGAACCGCGUCAGUGCCCCUGUGACACACGACGACUUGAGGCGCGACCUUGACAGCGAGGUGCUCGAGCUGCAGCAUGACAAGUCUCUCAGCCGCGAGGAGCGCGCCGCACGGAAGAAGGAGCUGUUGAAGCGCCAGGCUGUCAUGGAGGAUGAGCGUGAGCGCCGCGCCAUCGCCACGCUGGAGAGGAGGCUGCCACGUCCGGAUUGGUACUCGAGCGACGACGAGGACGAGUUCCAGGAUGAUGUAGAGGCGACAAAGAUCAGCGAGCUCAAGACGCAGCCAGAGGGCGGCGCUGGGCUCGUGUUCUGCGUCGCCUACACGGUGCUGAGCGCGGCGGCGUUUAUCUUUCACGUGACGAGCUCCUGCCCGAUCCCGUGGAUGCGCAGCAAGUCGGGCCGCAAGUACGGCGUGUGGGGCGCGACAGGUGGCGGCCAGCCGGACCUCAAGGUGAGCGACAUCCACGACUGCUCGUACGAGAUGCAGUACUGGCAGGCCGCGGCUGCCAUGUCCGUGUCGGCCACAUUUGCCUCGUUUGGUGCCAUGAUCAGCGGCGUGCUGCUGUGCGUGAACAAGGGGCACAUGGGCGCCUCCUUCAUCCUCAGCUUCUACAGCUUUUUCUUCUCGCUCGUGUCGUGGGCGCUCGUGGUGGCGCUCUACCACUCCUUCCGCUGCGGCAAGGGCGCCUUUGCCAGCGGCGUGGCUCACCUGGACGCCGGCUUCGCGCUGACGCUGAUUGGGUGUGUGACGCACAUAGCCGCCUUCACCGUGCUCAGCGUACACUUCUUCAAGUACUGGACGCGCUCGAUCAAUAGCGGCAAGACACGUGCGGUGCGCUUCAUAUACGUGGCGGUCAGCGUCGCCACGAUAUUCUUCUACUCGGUGGGCCAGGCCUACACCAUGUGGAGCAAGACGUUCCCGCAGGUCGAGGCGUCUGUCUCGCUCUGGCACGUGCGUAUCUACGACCGCAAGACGCGACUGUCCACCUUCCUGAGCCACAGCACGUACCAGUGUCCCGCCAUCACCCACAGCAUGAAGGCCGCGGCGGCUUUAAUGAUAGUGAGCAUCGUCUGGCUCUUCUGCGCCGUCGUCCUCGGCACAGGCGCGUGCUACAAAUCGCAGUACAUCAAGGCCUCCAUCAGCUUCGGCUACGCCUCCUGCAUCUUCUCUCUCGCUGCGUGGAUCACACUACUGGUGACGUGGAACGGCCGCCUGUGCACCGGUGCCACGCCGAGCGGCCAGUCGUCCUGGACGGACAUGGGGUACAACGGCAUCCCAUCUGGCAUCCCGAAUGCGCAGAUCGACUUCAGUGGCUACAGCCUGCAUGAGGGCUUCGGUCUGAUUGUGGGGGGCUGGGUCAUCAGCACUAUGGCCCUCAUCUUCAACACCGCCCUGUGGGACAUCUAA